AUGCUUUCACCCACGCAACUUCUCCUCCUCCCUCCAACCCUCCUCCUCUGCCUGGUCAUCCGCCGUAUCCUCACAAACUUCUUCUUCCACCCCCUCUCCUCCUUCCCAGCACCAUUCUACACCCGCCUAACCUCCCUCCCCCUUGCCGUCCUCUCCCUCCUCGGCCGUGAGCCCGAAUUCCUCCACAACCUCACCAAGAAAUACCCCCCCUCCACCCGCGCCAUCCUCAUCACCCCCACCCUCCUCUUCUUCCCCCACGCCUCCUCCCUCAAACCCAUCUACUGGUCCCCAACCCAUAACCACAAGGGCUCCCUCUACGGCACCGGCGCCCUCGGCCCAACCUCGCUCUUCUCCACCAUACCCGCCGAAGACCACAAAUCCCUCCGCAAAUCCCUCGGCGGCGCUCACUGGAGCGUCUCCUACCUCAAAACCUUCCAGGAACCCCGCAUCGACAACCUCGUCACCUUCUUCGUCAACCAACUCUCCCUCCUCCCACCCGACCAUGAGCCCUUCCAAAUGGGGGAGAAGCUCGCCCAGUUCGCCGCCGAUGUCAUGACCCUCCUCGUGUUUGGCAAACCAUGGGGCUUCAUCGCCCACGACCGUGACGAGCGCCGGCUUUUAUCCGCCUUUCGCGAGUCCCUCCCCAUGUUUGCCUUCGCCGCGAGGUGCAACAGCUUCCGGGAGCUGAUUCUUUCAUCGCCGUGGAUAAGGGGCUUGAUCAUGCCCAAGGUGGAUGACAAGACGGGAAGCGGGUAUUUGGCCUCACAAGCCAAACUUGCCGUUGCCCAGCGGGAACAAGAACGAGAACAAGGGAUCGGGGGGGAGGGGAAAAUGAGGGAUUACCUCGACUAUACCCUUGACGCACGAGAUGGGAACGGCGAGCCGUUGACCAGGGCGCAAAAAGAGGCCCACGCCACGCUUUUGAUCCAGGCCGGGGCAGACACAACGGGUAGCGGGCUCGGGGCGGUGCUGAGAUUGAUGCUGGAGCACGGCGAGUGUAUGAAAAAGGCAAGAAAGGAGAUCGAGGUGGCAGAUGAGAAGGGUUUGCUGUCUACGCCGGUGCUGUAUGAGGAGACCAAACAGUAUCUGCCGUAUUUUGUUGCUUGCAUCAAGGAGGGACUGAGAGUCAACCCUCCUGCUCCGAAUCUGUUCGGCCGCAUUAUUCUCGAAAAGGGCGGCACCGUCAUUGACGGGGUGCAUGUUCCUCAAGGAGCAGAGGUGUGCAGCCAUCCAUACGUCGUGGGUUGUGAUCCCGAGUUGUAUGGCCCCGACGCCGAGGCUUUCGAGCCCGAGAGGUGGCUUAAUGGCAACGAGAAACGUCGAGCCGAGAUGGAGGCGGCGAAUUUCGUGUUCAGCAUGGGACCAAGAGUUUGUCUGGGGAAGGAAAUUGCCAUGAUGGAGAUGUACAAGGUUUUGCCCGAGAUUGUGAGAAGGUUUGACUUUGAGGUUGUCUCGGCUGGCAAAUAUGUUGAUCGAGGGGGCGUGGCGUGCAACCAAGACUUCAUGAUGAGAGUGCGGCGUAGGGCUUAG